AUCUGAUCCUAAAAGCAGAAAGGGUGAACGUGUCGCCGUCUCUCGUCUGUGUGAUGCGGCGCUGCGGCCAGUGUAAAGGGCUUGUGGCGGCCCUGCCCUUGAUCACAUGUAGCAUGUGCUAGCUGCGGUUCGAUUGGACGCUAGUCAGCGAGUGGUUGUUGGCAGGUCUGUGAGGGAUGGCUUGGUCCAUGAGCAAUAAGUUACAUAAGUUCAAAAACACACAAGGGCAACUCGAUUGGUCACACGAGUCAACAAAACGGUCACAACCGAUGUAAUAUAUAGUUAAUAUAACCCGGAACAGAUUGAAACGUUAGUUGUUGACUUGUCACACUACUUGUCAUAUUUGUCAUACCCCCCCCGCAAAGAAAAUAUAUAUUUCAGUGUGUUUGAUCUGUCCUUGUUGAAUUGUUUGUUCUGCCUAUAAUAGCCACGCUAGUAAAUAUAUCAUUUUCCAAUGAACAUCUGAAAUACCUGAAUGAUCAAGCUCUAGAUUCUUGCACUCAAAGGUCUGAUUAAUCCUCAUCGUUCCUGACCAGGAUGAUUGACGUCCGGGCAUGGGCAGAGUACGUGGUGGAGUGGGCUGCCAAAGACCCCUAUGGUUUCCUCACCACUGUCAUACUGGCCCUCACGCCUCUUUUCAUUGCCAGUGCCCUGCUUUCCUGGAAACUGGCCAAGAUGAUUGAGGCACGUGACCGGGAACAGAAGAAAAAGCAGAAACGUCAGGAAAACAUAGCCAAGGCUAAGAGGACCAAGAAAGACUGAGUGGGAGGGUAGGAUCGGGGCAUAGAGGGAGAAAAAAAAGGGAGGUGCAACUACAACACUUACCGCCCUCCUUAUUCCAAAUAAUGACAUGGUGCCCUUCCUUGUCCCGGCCCUGCCGUCGGCAUAGGGACACCACGCCUCUGGUCUGGGGUAGGAGGAGGGACACUGGCCCCACAGGCCGAAUAGUGCUGAGACGGACAGUACUGCCUGGAGGAGGCUUGUCCCAGCGGGACUUUGGUCAGCAAGAGCACAGUGGUUAUCUGUAUGAUGUUUUCGUACAGAGAGCCACUGAUAAUAUUGUGCAGCUGUUGCAACACCUUGCAUUCCAUUGUUAGCAUCUCUGUUCUGCUGAAUUGACGAUGUAUUGAGCAUACUGGAACUUUUUCUCCAAGUCACUUGCAAAGUAUCCAAAUUAUAACUUUCUAAUCAAUAAAGUUUUCAUGGUUAAUAAGAAAA